GUAUUCCAUCCAGGGCAGACAAAAUGGGAAAGAUCAUUUUUUACGAAGACAAGAACUUCCAGGGCCGCUCCUACGAGUGCAGCUCUGACUGUUCUGACCUGCACUCGUUCUUCAGCCGCUGCAACUCCAUCCGUGUUGAAAAUGGUAACUGGAUGCUCUAUGAACGCCCGAACUACACUGGACACCAGUAUUUCCUCAGAAAAGGAGAAUACCCUGAUUUUCAGCAAUGGUUGGGAUUCAAUGAUUCUAUCAGAUCAUGCAGACUGAUCUCAUCAUACAGAGGUACCCACAAGAUCCGUUUGUAUGAGAGAGAAGAUUUCAGAGGCGAGAUGUUGGAGUUAACUGAAGACUGCCCAACUCUGUUUGAGCAAUUCAAUUAUCAUGACGUCAACUCCUGUAAUAUCCAGGAGGGUUCUUGGAUCUUCUAUGAGCUUCCAAACUACAGAGGAAGGCAAUAUUUCUUGAAACAAGGAGAGUACAGGAGAUUCACUGACUGGGGGGCUCAAAAUGGCAAAGUUGGGUCCCUGAGACGUGUCCUGGACAGCUAUUGAAUGAUCACAUUGUGACCCUCUCAUAGCAGACAAUAAAAAAUAUACAAAUA